AUGCAGACGAGUUUCACGUUUGAAAUAGAUAACUUCUCUGAGAAGAAAGGUUUGAUACGAUCUCCGACAUUCUUAAGCGGCGGCUGCGAAUGGUAUCUUGAGGUUUAUCCCAAAGGAAACAAUAUUGAAGAUCACUUGUCUCUGUACCUCUGCAUUGCGAAUUCUGAAUCAUUGCGACUUGGAUGGAAAAGAAGAGCUAAUUUUUCCUUCCUUCUGUUGGAUCAAUCUGGCAUCUUCAGAAAACAUGGUAAUUCAACUUGCAAAGAGCUCUACAGAAAAGAUUUAUCAGAUUUCCCAGGUUGCGGUUGGGCAAAGGCCGUGCCUAUUAAAGAGCUUCAAGAAAAAUGCGAGUUGAUCGAGCUAACAGAAGCGGGCUUCAAGCUAGACUGGUUGAAGACAAAGCUUGAUGAGAUGGUGUCGGAUCUAAGAGCUGAGCUGAGCAAGGAGAAAACCAAAUCUACCACUCAUAAAGACGACGAGCUCGAGAGUGUUGUUCACUCUUGGGAAGUAUUGGAUUACGCGGAUCUCAGUAAUUGA